GUGGCGACCCCAGCACCGCGCGGGGCAAACCUCCCGGCGUGGCCGUGCGGGAGACAAACUCUGGAUCGCAGCAGGGAAGACAGGAGGUGACGUCCUUUUCCAUGUGAAGGAAGAAUGAUUGGAGAAACUUCACAGAAUCCUCCAUGAGUGUGUCUAAGGAAGAGUUGGAUGGGACUACAUGGAAGAGUGUUGCUGAAGUAAAGGACCCCUGCAGCCUCCCCAUGCUAUCUGUUGACAUGGAAAACAAGGAAAAUGGCUCUGUCGGUGUAAAAAAUUCCAUGGAAAAUGGGAGACCACCGGAUCCUGCAGACUGGGCAGUGAUGGAUGUCGUCAAUUAUUUCCGAACAGCAGGAUUUGAGGAGCAAGCUAGUGCUUUUCAGGAACAGGAAAUUGAUGGAAAGUCCCUGCUGUUGAUGACGAGGAAUGACGUGUUGACUGGACUUCAGUUAAAAUUGGGGCCUGCUCUGAAAAUCUACGAGUAUCAUGUAAAACCUCUGCAGACAAAGCACUUAAAGAACAGCUCUUCAUAG